GCGGGCGGUGCUAUGGAGCCCGUAAAAGCUGCUCGGGCAACUGCUCGGCACCGACAGUGGCGACCAUGGUGCGUCCUCAACUCUCGCUGGCGAUGGGCCUGAGCCUGCUUGCGAUCUACCUCCUGGCGAUGUUACCUGACGGCCGCACCGAGCCGCUGGAACACAGGACCGGGGAACGCAAGAACCUGGCCAUCACCGACCCACAGGUGCUGAGGGUGGCGCAGACGGCAGUGAACACCUUCAACAUGGGCAGCAACAGCGUCUACUACUACCGCGACACCAACAUCAUCAAGGCGCAGAGACAGCUGGUGGCUGGCAUCAAGUACUACCUGACCAUGGAUUUGGAGAGCACAGCAUGCAGGAAGACCAGGGUCUCUGGAAGCCACGUGGACCUCACCACCUGCCCCCUGGCCACAGGGGUGGAGCAGGAGAAGUUGCGCUGUGACUUUGAGAUCCUUGAGGUGCCCUGGAAGAAUUCCACCGAGCUCCUCAAGCACAAUUGCAUGCAGCAGUAGCUGACCAUGGGGCCAGCACCGCGGGAGUGGACACAGGGUGGGGCCUACAUCUGCUGCAAUAAAUGACCAGCCACAUCUGCUGCAAUAAAUGACCAGCCACAUCUGCUGCAAUAAAUGACCAGCGCUGCUGCUUGCAUUGA